CUCUUGAGUGGCACAGCUAGCUUUUGUCGCAUGGAUGGGUGAAAAAAUUAAAAGAAAAGUUGAUGAUUAUUUUGAGUUUUCAUUCAGUCAUUCGGCGAAAUUGAUCUCGAACUGUUCAAAAAAAUAAAAGAAAAGAAAUUGAAAUUGAAGAAAAAAGUGAAAAGUGCUGUGAAUAUGAGCAAUUAAAUGCUGAGUAGAAGUGAAAUAAAAUCUAGUUCCAAAAACAUUAAAGCCCAAAAUUCAUGAAAUAAUGAACCGGAAUUACUCAAAAUAUCCAAGAACUUUUAUUGUGAAAAUUUAGUGACAAUGAUGCACAGAUUUAAAGUUUUGCUGCUGAUUCUAGUUCAAGCAGCUAAAGAAAUCAAUCAAAUGCCAAUAUCAGUGCCACCUGAUAACUAUCCAGCUGGUCGAUUCCAUCACAAUGCAUUCUAUAAUAGAUUGCCAGGUGAUAGACUACAAAUGGGAUAUCCAAUACAAACCGAUCCAAUAACUAAUGAUAAUUCAGUGACUGAUGAGUAUGAAGAUUAUGAUGAGACAACAAAAAGACCUGCUGCAAAUGCACAAUAUUCAAUUCAUAAUUAUAACAGUAAUAGCUACAGUCCACUGCUUACUGAAAAUUUUAUAAAGCAUAAAAGAAGACGACGAAAGAAGAUUCGUCGUCCAUGCAUUCCUAUCCAAUCCAUAAACUCAAAUUUAUACUCAAAUAAUCGAUUUAAACGUGAAGAAAGGAAGGAAUCAGGAAAGACUUUUGGGCUACUUGGCGGUUUACUAGGAAAUCGAUAUCCUUUCGCAUACCCUCAGGGAGUUUAUGGAACUCCAUUUUAUGGAAAUUAUUAUGGUGGUGGAGGUGGGUACCCAAAUAGACCACAUUAUGACAAUGUUAGACCACCACAAUAUGAUGAUGAUAAUGAUGAUAAGCCACAAAACAGCAAUAAUAGACCUCAGUAUAAUAGACCACAAUAUGACAAUGCACCACUUUAUAAUCCUGUUGGAGGAUAUCCAUGCAUUCCAGUAAGUUAUGGUCAUGUCCCAUUUGGAGGUCCUUUAGGAUUCUUCGGUCAAGGUGGAUUAUUUGAUUCUGGUGUCAGUCCAUCAAUUCAAGUACCACAAACAGUCAUCAUAAAUCGACCACCAUUAUUUGGAAAUAGACCUCCACUUUUUGCUGGUUCUGGACAAGGGGGUGGAACACAAAAUGAUGGACGACCUCCUGGAUUUUGGGGAUCUGUCGUUGACAAGCUUUCAGAAUUUGUCACAUCAGUGAGUCCACAAGCAGUUUAUUCAGCACUAGGUGACACACUUCAAAAUUUUGGCGGUGCAAUUCAAAACACACAACCAGCUGGAGAGGCAACAAGUGUCGUUGACAAUGCAGUUGAUUCGAUUCGAAAUGGCUAUAGAGAAUUCACGAGCUUACUAUUCCGAUAAUCAGCAAAAAUUAAUUCAUUUUCAGUGACUUUAUGGAUAUUGAGAAUGGAAAUUAAGUUUUUUUUGAGAUUUUGACUUUUGGC